GGGGGGGGGGGGGGGGAAGCAGCAGGAAACGCGGCUGCAGCGGAGCCGGAGCCUGAACUGAAAGUACAGGGCUUUAGCCAUGACGGAGGCUCUGGAAGCAAAACCCAAACGUAUCCUGGUGACUGGGGGCACCGGUUUGGUGGGCAGAGCCAUCCAGGAGGUGGUGGCCAAUGGAGAGGGGAGGCCGGAUGAGGAGUGGGUCUUCGUGUCCUCCAGAGACGCCGACUUGACGAAUGCUGUGGAGACCAAAGCUCUCUUUGAGAAGCAUAAACCCACCCACGUCAUCCACCUGGCUGCUAUGGUUGGGGGCCUCUUCAAAAACAUCCGCUGCAACCUGGAUUUUUGGAGGAGGAACAUCCACAUCAACGACAACGUCCUGCAUUCUGCAUAUGAGUGUGGGGUGCUGAAGGUGGUCUCCUGCCUCUCCACGUGCAUCUUCCCAGACAAGACGACGUACCCCAUUGAUGAGACCAUGAUCCACAACGGGCCACCACACAGCUCCAAUUUCGGCUACUCCUAUGCCAAGAGGAUGAUCGAUGUCCAAAACAGGGGUUACUUUGAACAAUAUGGCUGUCGCUUCACCGCCGUCAUCCCCACCAACGUCUUCGGGCCUCACGACAACUUCAACAUUGAGGAUGGCCACGUGCUACCAGGCCUCAUCCAUAAGGUGUACCUGGCCAAACAGGAUGGCUCUGCUUUGACUGUAUGGGGCACAGGCAAGCCCCGAAGACAGUUUAUCUACUCUUUGGAUCUGGCCCGGCUCUUCAUUUGGGUUCUACGGGAAUACGAGGAGGUGGAGCCCAUUAUUUUGUCAGUGGGAGAAGAAGAGGAAGUCUCCAUCAGAGAGGCUGCAGAAGCAAUCGUGGAGGCCAUGGACUUCAAGGGAGAGCUCGUCUUCGACACAACCAAGGCUGAUGGGCAGUUCAAGAAGACCGCCAGCAACGCCAAGCUCAGGCACUACCUCCCCAACUUCCAAUUCACGCCCUUCAGACAAGCUGUGAAGGAGACCUGCGCCUGGUUCAGCACCAACUACGCCAGCGCUAGGAAGUGAUGGAGCGGUGCACGCGCGUCCUUUAUAACUCAGGGUUAUCCUUUGCUGGGGCAGAGGAUGGGGUUUGGGAGCUGACAGUGAUGUUUCCAAAGCAAAAUGUGUGCCAGGAUCCUGGGUAUGCAAGGAGACAGGGGGAAAUAAUAGCGACAAAUCAAGUAGCAUCUUCUAUAGAAAAGACCCUACUCAGGUAACACCCCCUUCCUACCUGCUGUAGGGUGCAGACCCCACCGAGGGCUUUGGGAGGCAGAUUGGGGGUCCCGAAGGUGAAGCUGCCCCCCAGAUAGAUCCCAAAUGGGGCAGGAGCAGCAGACACUAUGGCUGGAUUGAUCACAGUCAUCCCUGGGGCACGGGCUGGCAGCUCUUAUAAUGGACUACACUACUAAUUAUGCAUCAUUAGGUUGUAAUAAAGGAGCUGAUUGAGGCUGUUACUGCAGUACAGGAAUCACA